AUGGAUCCAAAAUAGAAAAUUGAAGAAGAACACAUUAAGACUCUUGACUUUGAUAGUAGAUGUGUGAGAUCAGGCUCUAUUCCAACCGAUCAUUCUGGGUCAGUUGUAGUGCCUAUAGAUUUAUCUACUCUUUGGAAUAAAGUUGACAUGAGACUUCCUAAUAAUGGCAGACAUUUUGUUUAUUCAAGGGUUGGCCACCCUGUUAGAUAGGCUUUGGAACUAUAGCUGGAAUCAAUAACCCAAACAGAGAAAUCAGUAGCUACAGUUAAUAUUCAUGGAAUAUAUUAUGCCAUUUCAAUGCUUUAGAAAAAGGAAGAUGAAACAAUAGUUUUGAGUUAGAGAUCUCAUUUCAAAAAUUUAAUGAAUGAAGUAUUUUUGGGCUAGAAUAUGGGCCUUAAGCUUACAUUUUUAGAUUAGAUUCAUGAUUUACCAAGCAAAUUAACAUAAAAUACAAAGUUAGUAAUUAUUGAAAAGACUUAAAUAAUUUAAAAAGCUGAUGUCACAGGCACUAUGUAAUUGGCAUAGUAUGAUAAAUUAUAUAAGGAGCUAAAAUCAAAAGGUAUUAUGUUGGCGAUAGACAUAUCACUUAAUAUGAAUGAAUUCAAGAAGCAAAGAAAUCUAAAAAAUUUUGAUAUGCUAGUGGCUGACUUGAGAUAUUUCAAUGGCGCUGAUGGGGUAGUCACGGGUGCUAUGAUGACUAAUGAUGAAAAUAUAUAUUCACUUAUAAGGAGAAACGUAGAUUAACUUGGAGUAUUAGUCCAACCAAUGACUGGGUUUUUAACAAUGAGAGGACUGAAGACACUCUCAGUUAGAUUGGAUGAGUAAAUUAGCAAUGCAGAGUAAAUAGGAAAACAUUUCUUGAAGAAAUUGAAUAUUUCAUUUGACAGGAAUGAUAACAUCAUUCACGUGCCAAUAGAGCUAGAUCCAAAUCACUUGGUAAAGAUGAAGGUAAUAUAGAGAAGUCCAAGUAAUAGCAACAAAUCUCAUAUUGAGAUCGACAAAGAGUUUAUUCUUAUUCAUGUGGGAAUUGAGGAUUGGGAAUUGAUUGGUAGCGAUAUUUGGGAGCUUUUGGGAAGUUUUAAAGGAAAUUUAUGA